AUGCCUGCCCUUGCCGACCCUGUUAAGCUGUGGAAGAACCGAUGUGUCCCAUAUGUUGAUAAUAUUAGCUUUAUGCCGCCUCACACUAAGAAAGUUCGUGAGGUGCUGGAUGAGUGGGAGAAAGCCUGCGGCAUAUCUUUUGUCCCUCGUCGGUUUGAGGAUAACUAUGUCAUCAUCCAGCCGGGUGACGGCCAAACUGCAAUUGGAAUGCAAGGUGGGCCUCAGGAGGUUUUCUUUCCUGACCCAAUGGAUAGCAUGGCAUAUUUCACUGGGAAAAGGAGAGGUAGAGCAUUGCAUGAGCUGGGUCACACGCUUGGCCUGAUUAACGAGCAAUGUCGCAGCGAUCGGGACAGUUUUGUCAACUUUGAGUGGAAGAAUAUUGCCAAUGGGGAAUCAAAUGAUGACUUUAAAGUACGCCAAAGUCAUAAUCUGACUGAGUAUGAUCGCGAUUCGGUCAUGAACGAUCCCGACCCCAACGAAGGCUGGUCAUCCAUGGCGAAUCGCAACGUUGCCCGGACGAUACGCUGGAAGACAGACCAGACCUUUAUCUUCAGCCCCGAGAAGCUCUCUGAGUUAGAUAAGAAGGCAAUCAAGGACAAAUAUGCUGUUGAGACUGUUCCAAUGGGUCUGGAGGUUAAGCUUUCGAGAUGGUUCAACCCUUACGCUGUCCAAGUCCCUUUCUCGAUUGGUGGCCGACAAUUCAUCUACGCACAAAAUACCGGGACAAAGGACUGGUUUACCGCCGAACUCAAAAACGGCGAUAGUAUUGUCGAUGUACAACUCGGUCGAUGGAACAACGCAUAUCGGAUCGCUGUUCCCCUCAACAUCGAGGGCCAACUGUAUCUGUUCGCUAUGAAUACAGACAACAACUAUUGGUUCAUCCAGCGUCUUCAAGACGAUGGUAAAAUGGGAACAGAAACUGCUAAUGGCUUCUGGAAGAAUACCUACGAGUCAUUGUGUUCAUUCUCAGUUGACGGCAAGACAUACAUGUACGGCCAGAACCGAAGCAACAACGAGUGGUUUAUUCAAGAGCUCCUACCUGGCGGCAAGAUGGGACUACAAACCAGCAAUGGCACCCAUAAGUAUUCCUAUGAUAUGCAGUUUCCAUAUUCCGUCGCUGGUAGGCAGUACUUAUACCGCUAUCGGGUAGAGGGGAAUUACUGGACUAUCAGAGAACUUCUCCCCGGCGGAAAUUUGAGCGAAAAGUUCACUGACGGCAACUUGGAUGAGAGAUACCAUGUGCAGUUCUCCUACUCUAUUGGCAACAAUGUCUAUCUCUAUGGACAGAGCAGCAGCACUAUGAGCUGGUCGAUUAGACGAUUCGAGGGAAACAAGGUGGGAAAUAUGUUGCAGCGCGGCUCUUGGGGUCAAUAUUACGCUGUGCAGUUCCCCUUGGCCUUGCCGAAUGGACGCCAGGGCUUCUAUGGGAACAAUGCGUCUGGAGACAAGUGGUUUAUCCAGGAGCUCCUAAACAUUCCUGUCUAA